AUGGCGGUAGCAGUGUUCCGAUCACGUUCAGAGGACUGGCGCGCGCGGCUGCGCGGCGUGCGGGAGCUGUCGUCGGCCGCGUCGCUAUCCCGCGUGCGGCCGCAGCAGGUGCCGGCGCUGCUGGCGGCGCUGCUGGGAGACGGCGGGGAGCUGCCGGGGCUGGCGGCAGACCGCAACGCCAGGGUGGCCGCCGCCGCGCUCGACGCCGCGGGACGGCUCGCCACGGCGGCGGCGGCGGAGCGCGAGGCGGGGGCGGCGCCGUGGCUGGCGCUGGCGGUGCGCGGCGUGGGGCGGCGCGCCGGCGCCGGAAACCAGCUGGCCGUCAGGGUGGCGGCCGCGGGCGCCGCGCGACGCCUCACCGCGCUGCCCGGCGCCGCCCCACACGUGGCGAGGCUCGCCGUCGAGGACGCCGCGCGGCAGGUCAACGCCAAGGCACGCGAGUCGGCGCUGCUGGUGGCGUUGUACGCGGCGACGCUGCAGCCGCCGCCGUCGCCGCCGCCGGAGGCGGACGCUCUGCUGGAGGCUGCGCUGGAGCUGUCUCUGGACGGGCGGCGGCGCGUGCGCCAGGCGGCGCUGGAGCUGGCGGCUGCGGCGGCGGCGCGCGCUGACCCCCGGUGCCUGGAGGCGGCGCUGCGGGGGCUGGCGGAGAGCCGUUCCCCGGCCGCCGCCGCCGCCGCGCGGGCCCGCCUCGCCCGCCCCCAGCUGCCCGCCCCCGCGCCCGACGGCCUGCUGCGCUACGGCCUCCACCUGCCCAGGGGCGCCGCCGCCUUCGCCGCCCCGCAAGGGGCGGACGUGUCGUGGAUCCUGUCGGGCAGCGGGGCGCUGUCUGCGGGCAGCGUGCGCGCGCCUGCGCAGUCCACCACGGCGUCCAGCAGCGGCUCCUCGGAUUGCGGCGCCGGAGCCGCCGGGCACAACGUCUGGGCAGACCGCCGGCGCACCCUCUCCUGGGCCAGUGUAGCUGUAGUCAUAGAAGAAUGUGUAGAUGAAUAUUUUACAGAUUCUGCAAAAACAUGGACGAGAGCUGCACCAAGAAAGCCUCUCCACGACCUCCGAGGUGAUGCAGGUGUAGAAUCUUUAGGGACGGCCUAUGUUUUCCCCGCCAAGUGCCAGUGGGAGGCACCCGGUGGCCGUAGCCUCGAUAUUCACUGGAAGGCCCCGGAGCUGACCGCGCGUUUAUUGCCGCUCGCCACGGUCGCCACGACGGCGGCCGUGUCAGGCACCGUCGGCGGCGGCGCAUGCGCCGUGGCGCCGCCCGCGCACCCAGCGACGGCGCGAUGCCUGUGGCGGGCAGUGCUGCUGCCGCCCCGCCGCCGCCGCCAUGUUGCUGUGCCGCGUCGUAGCCUACCGGCCCGUGCUGCUCGCCACACUGCGGGUGAGUCCGGAGACCCGACAGCAGCGACCGCCGCGCGCAAACACUUGCACGCGCCUUCACGUAAACGCACCAACUAA